AUUAAACUCCAGAGUCUCAUGCACGAUGUAGAUUGCCCAGCCUCUUUUCUUGUCCACAUUCAACGUUUAAAUAGUCCCUUGUCAGCCUUCUGGUCCUGUAGCCCAUAUGCCAAUUGAUCAAUAGACCAAUCAACAUCUAUUGUCGGCAAAUCGACAGUCGACCUACGAAUGGAAGCAAAGCUUUCCUCGCUCUCACGUUGUCCUAGGCUGGCGAGAAGUUUUGGGGAAUAACCGGGUUUUGCUUCGGUUUCUGGGCUUUACGUCUACCUAAGUGAUUUGUUUCCAACGGCAAAAGUCUACUAUGUCGUCGUCACGGCCUCCUUCGAUUACAACUAGCUCUCGGCCUUAUCACGACCAUGCUCCAAUAACCCCGAGCACCCUCCGCCAGAGUCGCACCGUUUCAUCAUCCUCAAUGAGUGACGAUACACCAGGCCACCUCGCCGGGCCUAGUACGCGACACGAUCUUUCUGCUGACGAAACUACCGAGACAACCUCCCUGCUCCACAAAGACCACGCACACGAUGGCCCUUGCGAUCACGGCACGUUUUCUCCUCGCGUCUCUAGCCCACCGCCGAGGGGUGGUAUUUUCGACAACGAGAUAGCGUCAGUGGCGGAUUCGGAUGGCUCAGGCUCUGUACCGUCUAGCGAGACACAGCUUAAGGGGAAUUGGAGGAAGACAUUUUCGAGUAGGGUCAAGAGCAAGAAGAUGACAGACUCGAGCACUCUGGCCCAACAGCACGGCCUCCAGGAUUCGUGGGGGAUGUAUUUGUCGUAUUACAUACCGUUUCUGAUAUGGAUCAAGCAGUACAAGUGGUCGUGGUUGAAAGGCGACUUCACGGCUGCUAUCACCAUUGCCUCUAUGUACCUUCCCAUGGCCUUGUCAUAUGCCGACAAUUUGGCCCACGUCCCUCCGAUCAACGGUCUAUACGCCUUCGCUAUCAACCCUUUCGUAUACGCGCUUUUGGGAAGUUGUCCGCUCAUGGUGGUCGGGCCUGAGGCAGCAGGUUCCUUGCUCAUUGGGUCUAUUGUAAAGAACAGUAUCGACCUCGGACGUGGCGAAGACGACAAUGCCGUCCUACAAGCGAAGGUGGCUGGUGUGGCCGUCGGCAUAGCUGGUGCUACCGUCUUCCUCAUGGGCGUGUUCCGCUUGGGAUUUCUUGAUAGUGUCUUAAGCCGACCCUUUCUACGCGGCUUCAUUUCAGCUAUCGGCGUGGUCAUCUUCAUCGACCAGUUGAUUCCCGUCUUAGGACUCCACCGGACAGCCAAAACCACCGAGGGCGUUACGCACGGAAGCACCGUGCAGAAGCUGGAGUUCGUACUGACGCAUCUCGGUGACAGACACAAUCUUACGGCUAUCGUUGGUGUCGUUGGAUUCGCCGUUAUCAUGGUACUUCGGGAGAUUAAGCGGCGGCUGCAACCGCGAUAUCCAGGUGUAGCCUACUUCCCUGAUCGACUCAUCGUUGUCGUGCUCUCUACGGUUCUAGCAUGGAACCUAGGCUGGGAGCAACGUGGCGUCCCACUGCUAGGAAAAGUCGAAGCAGCGUCUGGCCACACCUUUACGUUUCGCAAUCCAUUCCAGCUGUCACAUAUGACCCAUAUACGAGAUGCCAUGGGCACAUCUUUUUUGAUUGGAAUGCUAGGCUUCUUCGAGUCUUCGGUAGCGGCCAAGAGUCUGGGUGGGGAGGAAAUAAUCGAAGGGAUGCAGUUAAGUCCUAAUCGAGAACUCGUGGCACUUGGAGCAGCUAACCUCGUGGGUGCUUGCUUCAUGGCAAUACCAGCAUUUGGUGGUUACGGUCGAAGCAAAGUGAAUAAGAGCACCGGUGGGAAGAGUCCUAUGAGCUCUGUCAUGCUCAGUGUCAUAACUGUCAUAUGCAUCAUGUUCCUCUUACCAUGGUUCUACUAUCUUCCCAAACCGAUCUUAUCCGCUCUAAUCAUGGCAGUCGCCUGGUCUCUGAUUGAAGAAGCACCUUAUGACAUAUCUUUCUUCGUUCGAAUCAAAGGCUGGACUGAGCUUUCCCUCAUGGCCGUCAUUUUAGCCGUUACAGUUUUCUUCUCCCUCAAUCUCGGCAUCGCAAUCGGCAUAGGUCUAUCCCUUCUCCAAGUCAUCCGCCAUGCGACGCGCCCUCGUAUACAGAUUCUGGGGAGAAUUCCUAACAGCGAACGCUUCGCCAAUGCCGAAGAUCAUCCCGAGGAUCUCGAGUUUGUAGAAGGCUGCUUGAUCGUAAAGAUUCCCGAACCCUUAACCUUCGCAAACACCGGCGAAUUGAAGAAUAGAUUGCGCCGGCUCGAGUUGUAUGGUACAGGCAACGCCCAUCCCGCUUUACCUCGUCUGCGUCCGCAAGCGAGCAAUAAGAAUGUCAUUUUUGACAUCCAUGGAGUGACGUCGAUGGACGGCUCCGGUACCCAGGUAUUGGAGGAAAUCGUGCGAAACUAUCGCGAUCGAGGUGUCAGGGUAUUCUUCAGCCGACCCGUCAGCCGUGAUAACAAGGUAUGGGAUCUGUUAGAGCGGAGCGGUAUUGUGGAACUCGUCGGAGGGAGACACCGCUUCGUAGACGACGUCAAAGAUGCUCUACGCAUGACGGAAGUGGAAGAUUUCGAAGAGACUGGAGCUUGCGCGGCUGCGAGCGAUAAUCUCUCCUAGGUAGAGGGAAUCGCACACCACGAAGAGUGAAGUCGAAAGCCGUAGCACCUCCGUCACCAAAAUCCUGGCCUCCGUUCUCACUACAACCACAAAGACAGCCUAGGAAACAUGAUCACCGAAAACUACCCACGAUACUACGAAGAUUCCAUGGUAAUGCCGUUCGGAAGUAUAUGAGGAGCUAAGGGUAAACUAUUGCUCUUCCCAGUAAUGCUGUUCUGGAAACGAUCACGACGCCCUAGUACAUGACAUCCUAUGUUUUAUUGUAUGCUGAUGGUAAAUGCUUUCAGCUGUUUUAUCACUGGCAGCGUGUUCUUGGGACCUAGCUGCCAGUGGGUCCAAUAUCGGUAAUGUUUUUGAGAUGAUACAAGCAUAGCAUAGCACUAGGAGCACCAACGUUGGCGUUCUGGAUACUUAGAUUCAUAGAAAUGGCAGUCAUAUUUGGUCCUUUUAUUUUGUUGCAUCGGUAUUUCAUACUCUUUGGUUACGUGAUGCUUAUGGAUAUGAAAUCGGCCAUAUGCUCUGGUUAUUGGGAGCCCUAUUCUUCUAGUGAAGUUACAAUUCGUGUAUAAAUGGACCGCCGAGCAGAACUACGUACUAGAUCUCAGCCCCUAUUUCUGUAGGUUAGCCAAUGAGCAUUCUUCACCAGACCAAUCGCA